AUGGUGUCCGGAGAAGUCCCUAGUAGCUUUGAUGCUUACAAGAGGAAGAAAUUCUUCAAGGAUGCUAGGCAUUACUAUUGGGAUGAGCCCUACUCUUAUGGAGGUCACUUUGCUACAUUCAAAACAGCAACUAAGGUUUUGCAAUCUGGGUUUAUGGUGGCCUACUUGUUUAAGGAUGCAGCAACUACAUUGCCAAGUGUGAUCCAUGCCAAAGGAAAGGGAUCACCAAGAGGGAUGAGAUGCCACUAA